UGGUCGGUCGCUCGGCGCGAAAAGCCUAGUUGAACCCAAGUUUACUUCUGGGCACUUGUGACAUCUGGAGGGAUUCUGUACCUACCCAUGUAUUCCUCAGAACCACUCACCUAAUUCGGGGCCAACAUCCCCAUCAACGUCGAAUGAAACGAAGAAAACCGAGACCGCCACGACGAGUAACUCGCCCUUGUGACGCGUGCAGGGUCCGCAAAACUCGCUGCAUUCCAGAAGAAGAGGGUGCCGCUACGUGCAUUUCUUGCAAUGACCGUGGCGUCGAGUGCACCUUCGAACGUGAUCCUCCAGGACGUCAGCGAAUUACAGGGACUUCGCAAGAUCGCAAUGGAACAACACCCAACCGCCCGAGAAAUCUUCCAGCCGACGCACCGGCUCCAAUAUCAAGAUUCUCGCCCUCAGUCGCAGAUGAUGCCCUCCAAGCAACCAACUCCGAGUUCUCCAGCCAUCUUCGAAAUUCAGGAUCGUUUCACAGCCCGGCUUCAAUACGGACAUCGAUCCACGUUCAAGGUCUCGAAGAAACCAAUCAUGCCGAACCACAGAGCCUUGGUCAGUCAAACCACCGGUUCGCCGAGCUCUAUGGUAUCACAAGUGAUAUGGAACCUAUAUUGAUGCGACACCGGCCUUAUGAUGGCCUCGGCAAUGAAUAUUGUCUCGAGACACAUCGAAUCCGUCGUAUACUACAAAGUGAUCAAGGGCAGAAUUAUCCAAUAACCUUCCACACUGUCUCAAACGAGAAGUCAAUUGGAUAUACAUCAAGCUACGUCGAUGUCGAUGCUAUCGAAGACUGUGUGAACCCGUUUGGGCCACGUUUAAUCAAGUUGUUCUGGAGAAUGGUUCAACCUUCUUUGCCUCUACUGCACAAGGCAGGUUUCAUGUCAGAUUACGCCAGGGGUUACAGAAACGUACCCGCUGGCCUUCUUGGUGCUGUCUACCUCGUGUCUCUGAAUUGGUGGUCUUACGAUUCCGAGUUGAAUCUGAGGGCUGCUCCGGAAUCGCGGCAUCUACGAAAUUUGACUAUGCAAGCCAUCCAGAACUCCUAUCAUAGGCCGAGAUUGUCCUCGAUCCAAGCAAUUCUACUUCUUCUCCAGUGCAAACCUGAGGAUCCCCUGAAUCCGGAUCACACCUUUUGUUGGGGAUAUGUCUGUCAGGCAUUGGGGAUAGCCGAGUCAGUUGGGCUGCAACUUGAUGCGUCGAAUUGGAACAUUCCAGCAUGGGAGCAGCGCUUGCGAAAAAGGCUUGGCUGGGCGCUCUACAUGCAAGACAAAUGGACUUCGAUGGCGUAUGGGAGACCUUCGCACAUUCACGAAGAUGACUGGGGUCUGAGAGAUCUGCAUAUUCGGGAUUUUGAACCUGACCAAGGCGAAGCUCCCGCACACCCAGAUGGAAUAACAAACCUGGAUUUCUAUCACAACGCUGGAAUGAUGCAUUUCAUGAAAAUGGUUGAGCUAACAAAAAUGCUCAGUCGGCUACAAAGAAACUUCUACACCCUCAGGACCUCCAUCUCGCAGAACAGUACUGAGCUUUAUGGGCUCGCGCGGCCCUUGGUGGACGAAUUGACAGACUGGUAUGCCAAAUUGGAUCCAAUGCUCAACAUGGAUGUCAAGUUCUAUCGCCAACUGAACUUUUGUGGAUCGCUACACUUCUCCUACUAUGGCACCAUGAUCAAUGUCCUUCGCCGCCUUGUCCGGUCUACGGCGCUUGGUGCCCGUUGUGACAACAAUGAAGUCUUGGCUUCCAUUCGCCAACUAGGUCUCGCGACUGUUCAGGCGGCGACAAAGUUUGUCAAUGAUCUCAGACCAGAUCACUUGGAGUCAUUCUGGUAUUUUACAUCACCAUAUCUGUUCUCUCUUCUCGGAUCUUUCACCACGCUAAUGCUUGUCACCUCGCUAUCCACGCACGAACGAGAUUUCUGGCAAGACACGCUCAACUCUUACAUCUGGACACUGAGAACCAUGAGUAACAGCAGCGAGCCAAUGCGAUAUGCUGCCAACCGCUUAGAGGGUGCGAUCCUCCGAGGACUUGAGCACGCUCUGGCUGUGAACAUCGAUCAAACCACUGAAUUUCGUCCUUCGAUGCUCUCUACGAGCGCCGAUAUGGAUUUCAACAAUUUCGGCGACUGGGACUUGGCCGAUCUGCAAUUGGAAACCUUUGAUCUCCUAGCUGGCGUGGACCUCAACACAGCGGGGAUGGGUAUGCUAGGGGGCGGUAGACUUGUGCCGGGGUAGGCCACUCAAGGACCAUUUCCUUGCAUGGACGGCCAACUCAGCCAGACAUCUCUGAAUUCUACCUCGCCGUCCUCCACGAAGAAAGCCAGCUCCUUGAUACUCUGAACAGCAUGGUCAUCAUGUCCGCCAUGUGUUCCGUCUGCCGCGCCAUUCACAGCCCCAUUUGUAGCGCCAUUUACAAGUCCGGUCGGACGUGGGAGGGGCACUCGAAAAGUUAUCGACCU